GGUCAUAUGCUACAGACGACGCCUCCACCACCGCUGCCACAGCAGUCCAGCCAGACACCUGGUCAUCCCUACACACAGUACACUCAUUCAAACACCCAUCAUAGUCAGUCCCAGCAGCAGCAACAACAACUGCAACCUCCCUCAGUAACCAUGGCCUUUACCAACGCUGCUCACACACACUCCCACUUCCAUUCUGCAGGACUAGGCUUGCCGAUACCUACCACUCUCGGCUCCUGCAUCCCUGGGCUCCACCUAACUGGGCUGCCCUGUCAACCUUCCCUUGCACAGCCUGCUACUACCGGAUCGACGCACCGAACAACUGGAAUGUCUACAUCGAGGCCUAGUACUGCUUCGGAAAAGGCCCGAGUAAGAUCUAAGCUUUGA